CGAGGCGGACGCUGCUGGUGGAAGGAAGCGGAAACAAACGUCGCAGUCAGCCCUUAUGCUAACAGCUACAUCCAGGCUCCUCGGACGGGGUGGAAGCGACACCAGACCGACGCCGUUAGCUGCCUCUCCAGGGCACACAGGGAGCGGAUAGCCACGCCAGAGGGGGAUUUUUUUCUCGUCCCGGUCGUAACGGGGGGCAGCGGACACACGGAACGGCUCGAGUGGUGCCAUACUGUGACCUGUAUGUGAGGUCUAAGCCCUAAAGGAGCGGGUCAUAGACGGGAGGAGAGACUCGGAGAGAAGCAUCUGGCCACAGGCGCCUGGAUACGCGUUUUUAUUUUUUACUCGGUUCCUUAAACCUGCAGCCACAACCAGCAGUUUUGACGGCAAGUGACAACGACCAUGGAGGCCAUCGCCAAAUACGAUUUCAAAGCCACCGCCGAAGACGAGCUUAGUUUCAAACGCGGAGAAGUCCUUAAAGUAUUAAAUGAAGAGUGUGAUCAGAACUGGUACAAGGCCGAGCUAAACGGAAAAGACGGCUUCAUCCCCAAGAAUUACAUAGAGAUGAAAGCCCAUCCGAGCUGCACACCUCCAGCUAAAAAUACACAGGUGCCAUUGCAAAGGUGGUUCUUCGGGAAGAUUCCUCGAGCCAAAGCAGAGGAGAUGCUCAACAAACAGAGGCACGACGGGGCCUUCCUCAUCAGAGAGAGCGAGAGUGCACCGGGGGACUUCUCUCUCUCCGUGAAGUUUGGAAACGACGUCCAGCACUUCAAGGUCCUCCGUGACGGAGCUGGAAAGUAUUUCCUAUGGGUGGUGAAGUUCAACUCCCUCAACGAGCUGGUGGACUACCACCGCUCCACCUCCGUCUCCCGCAAUCAGCAAAUCUUUCUGCGAGACAUAGAGCAAGUCCCCCAGCCUCUCCUCUCUCCUCUCUCCUCCUCCUCACAGCAUCCCACGUACGUGCAGGCGCUCUUUGACUUCGACCCCCAGGAGGAAGGGGAGCUGGGCUUCCGGCGCGGCGACUUCAUCCAAGUCCUGGACAACUCCGACCCCAACUGGUGGAAAGGAGGCUGCCACGGCCAAACGGGCAUGUUCCCCCGCAACUACGUCACGCCUGUCAAUCGGAACAUGUAAACAGUCAGACCAUGUAAACAACAACAACAACAACAACAACCACCACAACCACAACACGGCAACCAUCAUCAUCAUCAUCAUCAUCAUCGUCAUCGUUCUUCAUCAGCCACCCCAUCAUUCCCCCCCCACCCCCAACCACCCCUCCACCCCUCUCGGCCAUUCCACGAUAUCGGGAGCAGACAGGAAGAGCAAACAACCGAAAGAGAGAGAGAGAGAUAUUAAAACGGGAGUAGUGCUGUCGUGGGCGUCGCUGUGCGGGUGGCAGCUGAGCAAAAAAUCAACUUUUACUUGUGCUGAGAAUGUUCACCGCCCCAGCGAGCGCCGCGGCGAGGGAUCGAACCGUCUUUGGGGGAAAUCGAGACGCAGAGAAACUAAAGAGUAGUUGCACCAACCAUGAAGAUAACCAAACGAUUCUACCGCUCCGACCACGGCUGCUUCCGUCUUCUCCUAAACUUCUUAACAUUCUGCCUUUUUUUCUUUUUUGUGUUUUUCUUCUUCUCUUCCUUUGCCGCAUGUUGUUUUAAUCUCCUAAAUGAAAUGCCUACCGAAAAAAUCCUAACUCUGUUUUAAAGAAAAAAGUCAAUAAAAAUAUAAAAAAGAAGAAAUGGUUUUUAAAAAAUUGUACAAAAAAGAAGAGAGGAAAAAGAAAUGAUGCCAUCUACAGUACAGCAAGUUUCCAUGUUUAAGUUCAUUGGCACGUGAGCAUUGUACAUCAGCCAUUGGCUGUAUAAAUAAAUCAACUAUAGAGAGAAUCCAUUUUUUAAGAAUAUAUAUUAUAUAUUUGUAUGUGUUUGUCUGUUUUACCUCUCAUCAAAUUGUUUUUGUUUGUUUUUUUCAUUUGUAAAUUAUGUUCAAUCCUCUGUUAGUCUGGAUAAGACCUAGUAGCUCUAGAAUGUGCUGAGAUGUCAGUGUUUCCUUUCUGUUUGUUCUGAAUCUAUCUGAGGGCUCUCAGAUAACACAGCAUGAUAUGUACGGGGUCACGAGUUCCACUUGAGAAGGAAAAGGUUUCUCUCGUGUCUGUAAUGCAAACGAGAAAAAAAAAGUCAACGUUAAUGCGGAGAAACCUUAGAAGAGACGAACCCCCGUCGGGAAGCUAACGUCGACCAGCGGGUAGAGCCACGAAUGCUGCAAGAGCUGUCGUAUUACAAAGCCCUGUGUAAAGGUCAGCCACCUUUUCAAAGCCAAUGUAUUUAUUGCAGCCAUUUUUACCUGGGCAGUGAAUGUAGCUGACUGCGUCCACAGACAUUAA